AUGCUUAUUGCAAGAAAGGUAACUCUCUAUGGAUCAUUAGGAACCACACCUACACUGGCGCUUAACUGGGGUGAAUGUGAAGUUCAGGCGCAUGUAGUCUGCUUGGAGAUCUUCCAGAAUUCUAAAGUGUAUGAACCUUGUAUAAAUCCACUUAGUCAACGCGUUAAGUUUGAUAGCAUUAAAUGGGGUGAAUGUGAAGUUCAGGCGCAUGUAGUCUGCUUGGAGAUCUUCCAGAAUUCUAAAGUGUAUGAACCUUGUAUCACUCCACUUAAUCAACGCGUUAAGUUUGAUAGCAUUAAAGCAACCAUUCCAUUGCAAUCGUUUAACCUUGAUUGUGCACGCCUCGAUAGUGGCUUAGGCGCCGACAACAACAGCAGCAACAUCAACGGCAAUGGCACCCCGGCUGUCAAGCCAACUGUUGCCUACAUGCGCACUUUAUCGGCACCGACACCAUACCACCAACAACACCAGCAGCAACAACAACAGCUGUUGCACGAACUUGUCGGCAAAUCGCAGGCGGCACACAGUGGCGGCAAAGGCAAUCGCAACAGUUUAGCAACAUUUAAUGCCACAACCGAGCAACAUCAACAUUAUCAUAAUCUGACAAAUUUACAAUGCGGCAACGAUGCGCUGACAACAAGUGCGCUAACAGCCGCGGCAAAAACAAGCUCGCCAACAGCGGCGACAGUAUUGAAAAUUGAAGAGACAACACCAGCAGCAGCAACGGGAGCUAUGGCGGCGACUACAAGUGACUGCCGCCGACCAACGAUGGCAAUGACAACAUUAAAUGGUUGUGUCGCCGCCCAAGAAACCGAUGAGGAAUCACUUAAAAACAGGCGACAACGUCAAUUGGAAAACGAUAUGGAAACAAUGCGCGCUGGCACUGCAGCAGCUGCCACACAGUGGGCACAGAGAGAAAGCCAAAACCAAAGUCAGAGUCAGGUCUACCAGCAGGAGCAGCAGCUGCUGGCAAACGCCGAUAAAGGCGGCAACAACGGUGGUCACAUUACCAGUAGCAGUGGCUUGGCGGCAAUGCUGGCAAUACCAAAACGGGAGCGCAUUAAUCAUGCGACAAUGACAACACCGUCUUCAGCCAUAGCUGCUACAAAACUAGGCAACACGGUGCUGCUGCCAUCCACACUGCUGACCUCAUCAGCAUCAAAGAGCAACGGCGGCGGCGUCGGUGGCAGCACAGCGGCGUCUUUGUUGUUAAACGGCAGCGAUGUGACCAAAAAAGGAUCCACCUCAACAAUUUGGACAUCUGAGGAGUCAAUAUUGCGGAGUGUUGGCGCCGUCGAUGAAGACAAUAACUCUACUUCAUCGUCGGCAUGUGAGGAGGCCACUGGCGCGCUUAGCUCAGGCAAGUCGGGCAUUUCGCUGGACUCCUCCGGCCUGGACAAUGACAACAACGAAAGUGGCAUUGGAACGGCAACGCCACCAAAGGAUAAUUCAUACUGGAAAAAUCCGCACAACGACAACGAAUCAGUCAGCAGCUUGGAUGCCCUACGCAAAAUGAAAUUCCAGAAGAGUAGCUCAGUAGCUUCCUCAGAUGACCCAGACCUCUUAGAGGUGCUCAGCUUGUGCGAUGAGCCCCAUGGCGGUGGCGAUGAAGACAUUGGCAUCAAUGGCGGCGAUGAGUCACACGAUGACAUUGACGAGCAACGCCAACUACAGAGACCACCAACGGUUGCUACUACAGCAGCCGACAAGCUAAAACACAAGGUACAACUACAAAACCAGCAACAGUUGCAACAGCAUUUGUUGCGCGCCGCACGUCAACGUCAUCGUCAAAAUCAACGUGCACGACAAGAUGACAGCGAUAACGUUGACAGCAAUGAUGCGCUCGAAACGGCGGAGGCUGCCGAUGACGGCGUUGUGGAUGUGGCCGAUUUGGCAGACGAAUAUGAUGAGGGCCACGAUGAGUUCGAAGUGGGACCAUACUACGAAUGUGAGUGCAAUGAUGGCGAUGCGAGCAGUGCUAGCGGUAGUGGCGGUGGCGGUGGCGGCGGUAGUGGCAGUCGCAGCGGCUCCACAUCAGCGAACGAUACGCUUGGUGGCAGCAACAGUGUGGUGCUGCGUCGCAAAUUCAAUGCCAUCGUCGCCACAGCGCCAAUUAUGAUGCCUUAUGGCAGCGCAAUCGGCGGUAGUGGCGGCGGCGGACGUGCACAGAAAUGUCGUAGCCACUCGUUGGACACCACCUCACUGCCGGCCGUCUACUAUCAAUACUCACCACUGCAACAUCAACAUCCACAGCAGCAUCAUCCGCUGACGCGUAAAUUGCAUCAACAUUUGCACGGACGUGGCAGGGAACGUGGACAGCUGUCGUUGGCAUUGCGUCAGGAACCGUUCCAGUCUUUGCUAUCGCCGACGCACUUUGCAGAGCUGCCUUCGCCGAGUAGUGCAUCGCUGCAUAGCGGGCAUGAAAGUCUGGGCAUACAAGAGCUAACAACCAAGUCAAACUCGGCGCCAUUGCUGCUGAAGCAGGAAAAGACGCGACGCGAUGACUUUUCCGGCCAGAAGUUGACGCUGCGAUAUUCACGGUCGCAAAGUGAUCGCUACUUAGCAGGAAUUCUUUUCAACGCGUAUUUUUCGUUCAGCUGUGCCGUUAUAGCCACACAACUGUCGUCGUCACCGCCAUCAACGCCGCCGCCGCAGUUACGCUGUGCGGCGGGCGCGCAACCUAUCAAAAUGCAGCGUCGCAUGUCGAUAACGAUACGCGAGUAUAAAUUCUUUCGCAGCUUUUCACAGAAAUUCGAAAACUGGCCAAAACGUAAGGCGGAGGCGCUGUGGCGUAAAAUGCGCGAACGCAAAAUUGCAG